AUGUUGAGACACUAUGGGGCGACAAGAAAUCUACCCUUAGUAUUUAGCAUUAACAGGUUUAUGUUGAGGCCGUCAUCGUUCGCCAGGCCAUUUCAUUACAGUUCACAUCCUCUACAGAGUGGUGAGACUCCCGAUAAAAGCAGCACUAAUAGGAGUGGAAUGCGAGCAUCUGAGGACACUGUUUGGAAAAGAAAUAUAGAACCUCAAUGGCAGAACUUGAAAAGGAAAUUCAAUGAUUUGUAUUCUAGAUUUAACUUCCACCGAGAUCAAUUAUCCUACCAGGUUAAUAAAGCAAAAAAAUCAAUUCAGGAGGCAAAUAGGAAGCUAUCCGAGCAAGAGAACGAAAUUAACGAUUCCCGUUUAAACUAUAAUAAAGAUGAAUUGACAAGUGCGAAAAUCGAAGGAUUGCCCUCCGAAAGAGAACAGCAUAGAAAGAAAUGGUCUAGAAAGUUAGAAUUUUAUUUUGACUCUUUACAAGAGACGUUAUUUACUGCCACACGUGCUCUAAAUGAUGUGACCGGUUAUUCUGGAAUUCAAAAACUAAAAUCUAGCAUCAGUCUGAUGGAAAAGAAAUUAGAAGCUACAAAGAAAGAGCACAAACUGUACAAGGCUCAGUACGCCAACGCCAUUGAUGAACGUGCUCAAUCUCAAAGAGAAGUUAACGAAUUAUUGCAAAGGCAAAGCGCGUGGUCUUCGAGCGAUUUAGAAAGAUUUACCCAACUAUACAAAAAUGACGCCUUGAAUGCUAAGCAAGAGCAAGAAUUAAAAAACAAGGUUAAGGAAAUUGAAAGCAAAGAAGAACAACUAAACGAUGACUUAUAUAGAGCAAUUUUGACCAGAUACCAUGAGGAACAAAUAUGGUCAGACAAAAUUAGAAGAACAUCCACCUGGGGUACAUUCAUCUUAAUGGGUAUGAAUAUAUUCCUGUUUGUCGUCUUACAGUUACUUUUGGAACCUUGGAAAAGGAAAAGAUUAGUAGGAUCGUUUGAAGAUAAAGUCAAAAGCGCUCUCAACGAGUAUGCUAAGGAGCAGAAUAUGAAAAUGGAUAAAUUGUUACCUGGAAGAUCAUCCGAAAUAACAGAUCAAGGUAAUACGGAAAACUCAGUCGUUGAAGAGCCCAUGGAACAGAAAAGUGAGAGUAAAAUUAAUACGAUGAAGGCUGACGGGGCUGAAGUUGCAACGGUUGAGACCACCACAACAGGAAUAAGAUCCUUCAGAGACAUUUGGGACCGGAUAAAGACACUUUUUAUUGCACUAAGAAGCAUAAAAUUUAGGAAGCUUGACGCUCCCCUGGUCGCUAACACCUUAGAGUUCUAUUUAUACUCAAUUUCCUUAGUGAGUAUGACAAUCUUGAUAUCCGGGCUGAUAUGA